AUGUUGAGUGGUGGAGGUUUCUAUUCAUCGGAAGUGACAUGGAUAAGCCCAAAAGAGGAUGAUCCAUUUAUUGGUUUCAAGCUUCAUAGUGACAUUAGAGAAACCACAUCUAGAGCUACAAGACUCACACUCUCACAUGAAUACUAUGCUACAGGGCUACUCUUUUAUGAUGAAACUAAAAAUAAUGGAAUGCAUUACUGUGCAGGAACCAUUAUUUCGGAUUAUCACGUGCUAACAGCAGCACACUGUUGUUUUAAAGGGGAUGCCCUUACAACGCCAAUCGACAUUGAUAAUACUGCCAUCGUAUUGGGCGAAACGAAUCUUUCAAAUUGCCAGGAUCAAUUUCAAAAAUUAACAAACAACAAAUGUGAAAAUAUUGAAAUUGACCGUAUUAUCGUUCACCCAGAAUAUUCUCCUUUUAAAAUGAUCAAUGACCUUGCAAUUAUCUACACUAAAACUCCAAUGCUUAAUCUUUCUAUAGUGAUAUCAGACUAUAAUCAACCAUGGUCUAAUACAUCUCGUUUGAUGAUAGCUGGAUGGGGAUUCACUAAUGAAUAUGAUACAAUCAAUGAUGAAAGAAUACUGCAUGAAACUCCUACAUAUAUUACAAAUAUCAGUGACUGUACUUCAAUGGGGUUAGAGCUCAAUGAGCAAAGAGAUCAAUGGUGUGUUGGAAAGGGUAAUGGUCAUUCAUCAUGGUAG